AUGUCAAUAUUCGCGUCUAAACAGAAUGGGCAGUCCUCCGACAACGGUAGCAGCAGUAAUGGUAGUAGUUGUUGCGAUGUUUGUGGUUCUGGUGCUCAGUCUACACCUACUUGGCCACCACCUCCAACGUUCGCACAGUAUCUCAAUGGUGGCGCUGGGAGCCUCGACAUUCGAACGGAAUCUUCAGAAUUCUCACUCUCCAGGUCAUUAAAUGCCCUUUUACCACAGGAUAUCAGACUUGAGUCUAUUGAAGACUUCAAGUCAAGCACCGAAUCCGUAAUCUCGUCUAUCAGGAUAUUCUCAAGGGACUCUUUGCCACCCUACCCAGUAACUGCUAAAGCAAUAGACAAGUUCUAUCUAUCUACCGGACAGCUCUUCUACAUUCUUGAAGAACAUGAAGCUCGUGAACUUCUUAAGAUCGCAUACACAGAACCUCAAAAGACAACUUUGCCGAUGUUUUGUCAAUUGUUUGCGAUCGCGGCUGUCGGAUCACUUUACGACGACCUAGUGCCGUUUGCCGUGAACCAAUCCUUUUUUCAGACAGCAAGAUUCUACUUGGACGACUGCUUGGAGGCAGAUGAUUUCCAAACUAUGAGAGUCUUGCUUCUACUCGCCAUUUACUGUAUCCUUGAAAAAAGGGUUGCCUGUUGGAAAUAUAUAGGUCAAGGUCUUCAAAGCGCGCAUUCGCGGGGGAUUCAUCUAAGCAGCGAGCCACCCGCAGGCGGAAUCUUCUCCAAGAUUGAAUGGGUUGGAUGGAGGAAGACAUGGAGAAGUUUAGUCUUUUUGGACAGCUGGCUUGCUGGUACUUUAGGGGUAUUGCCGAACGUUGACCCAGCAAUCUCUCAAAGCUGCUAUGAUGAAAAGGAAUAUCACGACACCAACAACUCCAUCACUUCUGGGCUACAGCUCAAUCUCAUCAAGCUUGGCAUUUUGCUUGGGAAAAUUCUAUGCAACGUGUUUAGGGAUUCUGGGGCAGAUCUCCAGAUCAUCUCGGAGCACAUGGUGCAAUUGGAGCACUGGCAUGAGAGACUACCCCAGUUCUUACAGCUGCAGGCACUUGUUUCGACAGAAAUCGAGCCCAUGAAAAAGGCUAUGGUUUACUUGAUGCAUUGCACAUAUCUGACGGCGAUAAUUCUCCUGACGCGACGGGUGAUGGUUCCGUUAGUAUCAGGGGAGGGUGUCAUCAACGAUUGGUUAGCUGCCGGCAAAAUCAAGGAAGCUAUUGCGUACGCCGAGAUUUGCGUUUAUGCGUCAAAACAAGUUGCAAAAAUUGUUGGGUUACUGCAUUCGGAGAGGUUAUUGGUCAGAAAAUGCUGGAUGGCCAUACACCCCGCUUUCAACGCAGGCCUGAUCCUGCUGUUUCACGUGUCCCAGCAAGCUCUGAAGGGUCAUUAUUCUGAACAGUUCUCGGAAGACGUUGCCGACGCGAGAAAAUGCAUUUCGGCGCUGGAGUACUCGGCACAGGACAAUGAGGUUUCCCGUUGCUACCUAAUCAUUCUCCGUCCCUUCCGAGAGCUAUUGAGCCGGAAUCCUGGAGAAGCCCGAGACAUGCUGCAGCCACCCGAACCACCACAGCCACCACCAACCAGCCCGCAAAGUCAUUGGGGCAGCAUGUCUUCGGUGCAGCUUGCGGACAUUGACGAGAUUUUUUCACCAGCGCCGAAGAUUUUUGUACAACACGCUGGUAUGGAACAGCAAGAUAAUAAGAGAAGGUAUUCCGAGAAAGACAUGAAGGAUCUAGAAGCGCUCCUCAAGAGAGUGGCAUGA